GCUGUGGUGUCGUUGACGGGUACGUAAUUUACAUUAACAGUUUCGUUCGUACUAUGUUACUCUCUAAAUAUCUGUAUUGAUGUUUGUCACUCAGCCACACUGGGCCCACGAGCAGCCUCGCAGCGCAUACGAGCAUUUUCGUACCCAGUUUGACAGGCUACGUCCUAACGAUGUGGUAUGGGAGCCAUACAAUAUUCGGUCCGUUCAUACACGUCCAGGGUCGGGAUUGUCACCCUUGUGCACCCGUGACGAGGAGUACUGGCUCACCAAGGCGCCCCUUGUCUUCGACAUCUACGUCGAAGAGUACUCACCGCAGCGCGUCAUGCGGCAGUUUGGCCGUCACCAGGCAUUCCCGCUCGUCCCCAUCCGUACAGUCCCCUUGCACGUCCACAGGUACACGCAGAAAGGCCAGCCAGCUGGCCACCUCUGGGCGGACCGCUUGGCCCCUUACGUGGCAACAUGAGCCCAAGCGCUACAGGACGUCGUGGAUGAGGCGCGUCCCCACACCGAGGGAAACUUUAGGGAGUACCUACGGUGGUACGUACCUCGUACGCGGACUCGUGUCACCUACACCCCUGAUGAUGUCCGGGGCCACGUCGCAUCGACAACGGAGACAUACCCGGUGCAUUGGGAC